AUGCAAGGUCUCGCGUACAAGGAAGGUCUUGCGACCGCGGCGCCGCUGCCGUUCGAGACCGCGCUGGACAUGGGCGCGCUCCGCGCCGAGCUCGAGUCGGUGCUAAAGAUGUCAGUUCCGUCCAGCGACAUUGAAAAAAAGUACAAGCAGCGCUGGGCCUUCUUCUCGCCGACGGGCGACCGCCUCUGGCAGCUCAGCCAGCUCCACGCCGCGUCGCUCGUCUAUGUGUUUGAAGGCGGGCAGUUCAUCUGGCCGGGUAUCCACAUUGGCCACAAGCGCACCAUUCCAAACCUCCACGGGCUCGGCGACGUGGUCCUCGAGACGCUCGCGAUGACGCCGCUCGUGUUUUCAGUCGAAGAGUUUCUGCGCGACGAUGAAAUCGACGUGAUCCUCGACCUCUCCAAGGAGCACUUGGCGCCGUCGGGUGUGACGCUGCAAGACGGCGAUGCUGGCAAGCCCGCGACCGAGUGGCGCACAAGCACGACGUAUUUUCUGCCGUCGCACCGCCACGCACUCGUCAUGGGCAUCGACCAGCGCGUCCAAGACCUUAUCAAAGUGCCGGUAUCGCACCAAGAAGAUGUUCAAGUGCUGCGCUAUGAGGAGAGCCAAAAGUACGAUCACCACACCGACUAUUUCCCAGUCGAGAGCUACCAGAAUUCGCCGGACGUGGUCGAAAGCAUCCACCACGGCUUCAAGAACCGCAUGAUCACGGUCUUUUGGUACAUGUCGGACGUCGCGGACGGCGGCCACACGAUCUUCCCGCGCGCCGGCGGCCUCCCGCUACCCGACUCCAUGAAGGACUGCACAAAGGGCCUCAAAGUCGCGCCAAAGAAGCGCAAAGUCAUCGUCUUUUACAGCAUGCUCCCGAACGGCGUCAACGAUCCCAUGAGCCUCCACGGCGGGUGCCCCGUCCUUGACGGUAUCAAAUAUUCGGGCAACAAGUGGGUCUGGAACAAGCCACGCUACUAAUUUGGAAAGCGAGAAAUAUUAAUACAGACACUGUAUCAACUUGAU